AUAAGAAGCUGGGAUAGGAUAAGAAAAGUGACAAAUACAUAUGCCUACUCCACUUCCACAAGUCUUUCAGGUAGAACCUGUCGCAGGUACUCAGAAAUAGUUUUGUCUAGCGCUGGGCAGUCAGUUCAGAAAUAUGAUCCGAAUUCUGCCAAGUGAUCGGAAGAUACAGACAAUUAGAGCAGUUUAGAAAUACUUUAGAAGUAGAUACUGGAUUACUUGAUCCAUUGCAACUCAGUUUAACUCCCUGAGAAGACCACGAUUUUCCGAAUAUCGCCUUGAAUUGCCGAAUCCCGCAAGGAACAAAGCUUUUUACUGUGGAUCUACAUCUCACACGUUUGAAGGCGUCGUCGUCAUCAUCAUCACUAAACACAUACCUAGACCUGGUGAGGAAGACUCAGGUAUGGACGUGCAGUCUGCCAUGAUUGCAGUGUUGUGUGUACUGGUGAUGCUAUGCAUGGCAAGUGGAAGAGCUGAACCUGAUCCGUUACCUGAACCCCUAACAGCUAUGUCUGCAGAACCAAGCUCUACCCUUCUAUUGUACAACGUUGAUAAAUACCCUGAGGUAGGUGACCCUCUCAGGCCAGCAUUCACACCGAAGGUGACUGUGUUUAUCAAGGACAAUGUUCACAAUGACCCCAAGGAAAUGAUUGUAACCUUUGGCCUCCCUCACGCUGAUAACUCCAACUGCUCUAUUGUCGGUGCAUAUCUUGACACAAACACCAAGCUUAAAAGUUGGAAGAAGAAAACUUUCUUCAUUCAUUCCAGCCGCGAUCAGAUAAAAUGCCAAUGCAAACGGUCAAUUCAGCCAGGCGUAACGGCAUCACCGGACAGACGCAAGUUGAUUUUCUAUGGUUUCGGGGCAGCUGCGUGUGCGAAGUUCAUUGUUCUUUACGAUGGUACUACCGCGACAACCAGUGUGCUGUCUGUAGUUGGUGUGAACGUCCCAUGGGCAUUUUCACCAGGUCUGGUCACUGUACGAACCAGGACGUCAUCAACAAUAUUCACACUCCUAUCCUAUGGCGGAUCACAUUGCGAUAACGCAAGCAACAGUGAAUGUCUCCGCUUCUCCACGGGCAUCUUCCGACUAACUAUCGAUACAUUAAAAACAUCAGCACCUGUGCGAUGGGAAGGAUCAUCACCAAAGUCCAAACAUAGUCCAUGUCCAAGUCACAGAUCUAACCCUACUCUUAUCAAUCUCAACGAUUCACACCUGUUGCUCUAUGGUGGAGUGGAAUCUGUUUCCAACUUCACUGAGCUACGACUAUUGAACGACUUCUGGAUCUACAAUAUUCAUAAGGAUGUCUGGCUUGAAGUUUCAUCUGAUUCUCUACCCAAUGACACAUCAUUGAGUCGUCCAGAUAUGAUGUCGUCUUAUUACACUGAAAGAGAGGCUGCUUAUCUCAGUGAAUACAGAACACUGAUUGUUGUGGUAAGUGUGGCAUACGGUCCUUUACAACUGUAUCUGUGUACGCUGCCAAUAGGAGCAGAACGCCACAUUCACUGCGAAUUGAAAGGAGAUGUGCAAGGUGUAAAAGCUUUCUUCCCAACUAUCAUGUUCUAUUUUUCGCUUUGUUCGGGCGCUGUCGACAAGUUCUUCAUCGUGUUUUACAAUACGGAAACAACGAAAACGUUUACUGUCGGCAAGGAGAUACAUCCCGCGAGAAAUACGUCACAGCUGAUGAUCACACCUGUGUAUACCAAAAAUAUAAGAAUACAAUUCCCGGGUUUUCAGGGAUGCAUCACCAGUGCUCCUGUGGCUCGUUCGGGUCGCCAAGGCAGCACCAACCGCUUCUUAUUUGUGGGUGGAACGUGCUACGACACAGCAUCGCGAGAGGAUGAAAGGUUUUCGAGGCCUUCUAGCAAGUAUUCAGGCGUUGUUUGGAACCUAGGGCUAGGGGUGGUUUAUUCUCGAAUCUCUGCCAGUCAAGUGUCUCCGAGCCCUGAUCUGACGAGACACUCCUCCCACACACUCACUUCACUUGGUGAAUCCAUAGCGGUACUCUACGGAGGAUUCUAUGGGGUGACUGGUACCUUCACAUAUACUAAUAUGACUUGGUGCAUGCUAACCCAUUACGACCCCUUGGCUCAAGACUUCUCUGUCUCCUGGCAACGCUUCGUCACACCUACAUCCCAGUCCAUGCCAUUACCACGAGGUGGCCACGUGGCAUUUCCGUACAAGCCAGAUGGCAUGAUAAUCCAAGGCGGAAGUGUCGGGUCAGAGAGAAUUUUCGGAGAUUUAUGGAUUUUAAAGAUCACAAGCCAGCGAUCAUGCACUGGAGAAUGGAUUGAACUCACUAAGAAUGUUGUUGGGGAACGACUUCCCCAAUGCUCACAACAUUCUGCGACACUCUACAACGAUGACGUCAUUAUGUUUGGUGGGUAUUGCAUAGAUAAUGAUAAUUCGACAGGAAGUGGUGCUGGUGAAACAUCCCUACAAAUGACAGAUCAUCUGUUGGUUAUUACUAUCAAGAACCUGUCUUUCAUAUCACUUAAACGCAUCACUUUGUCACGUCCAAUUUAUAUGCGCACGAGCCAUUCCCUUUCACGUUACACAAAUGAUUCCUUCUUGCUCCUCGGCGGAUUGGCGUACUCAAAUGAUGGGGAACACACAGCAAUAGAAGCACUCCUAUUACAAUUCAUCGCAGACACCACAGUUAAGGUCAUUCCAUAUUUCAACUUCACCAUUUUCAACCAUCAUGUUAUCAGGGAAUAUAUCUUCUCAGGUUUCAGAAAUUGGGCGCCCGCCGAGUCACUGAACUUCCUACGACUGCAGAAAGGCCACUAUUGUCCUGUUGCCUACGAGCGAACUGAGUACGAUUCCUGUCAGCCAUGCCCUCAAGGGUACCACUCGGCCACCAUUCCACAGCAAUGCAAGAAAUGCCCAGGUGAUUCGAGGACGUCAGGCCCUGGGGCCGCAGAGUGUACGACGAUAUGCACUGACAGCUUCUGUCACGGCCAUGGUGAAUGUUUGGUGGACCAGGGGAACAAGAUGAAUUGCAAGUGAAAAUUUGGAUACCUUCCUGAUGAUAACUGUCGGACACCAACCGUUUACCUCUCUCAGUUGGCAGCCGUUAUUUUCUCUUCCGUACUUGUUUUACUUAUUGUAUUCCUAGUGAAGUUUACCAGAAAACGCCGCGACUUGCGCAAAACGGAGAGGGAGCUCCAGGCCAAACACCACGAUCUGCGAAUUACUCAGAAAAAACUUGCAGAAUUGAACCGAGGAGCGCGACUUCGAUGGAUAGACUUGACCAUUGGCAAGCGAAUUGCUUCUGGUACAAUCAGCAAGGUGUAUCGUGCCCAACUGAGUGAUAUGGAAGUGGUAGUAAAGAAACUUCCCAAGCGCUUCAACCAAACAAGAUGGCGUAGUUCACCGUAUGAUGUAUUUCUGGAGGAGGCCGAAACCCUGCGAUCCUUACGCCAUAUGAACGUAGUCAUCUUCCUCGGUGCUGGUCAGGACAAUGCAGACGGUUGCCCAUUCUUGGUGAUGGAGUACUUGCGGCGAGGCUCACUCUACGAUAAUCUGCAUGAUCCGAAAGUUUACAUAGAACCAAACGAUCAACUGCGAUUUGCUCUGGACAUCGCUCGUGGUAUGCGAUAUCUGCAUAGCUCCAGUCCCCCACAGAUUCACCGUGAUCUAAAGAGUUCAAACCUAUUGGUCAGUGACAAGUGGGUGGUGAAAAUCGGAGACUUGGAGUUCACCAGAUACCUUUCUCUUGUGGAACGUGACGACCAGGCACAACCAAGCCAGGAUGACCAUACUGCAGCUGAACGGAAUGCUACAUCGGACAACACUACAGUUGCAGAUGGCACGACAGCUAUUGGGGAAGGGGAGAGAUUGCCCAAAACACCCAGCAUAAUGACGUCCACAGACACGUCGGACUCGAGCGACGCGGAUGACGUCACAAUCCCGCUCCUGCACAAUGUGAAGCCCUCGCCAUCUGCACAACUGAUAAACACCAGUACGACUAGCCACCAAGACGUAUCUCGUGAAGGAGGAGACACAGAGAGCAGGUCACGUGACCGUUUCACGGCCUCACAGCUACCUUCACGUGUUGGCAUGACGUGUGGUGUAGGGACGGACAGGUGGAGGGCUCCGGAGACGCUCAGCAAAAACAGCUACACGGAAAAAUCUGACGUGUACAGCUUCGGUGUAGUCCUGUGGGAGAUCACCACACGUCAACUUCCCUACGCACACCUGACCUGCUCGGAGUACAUCCAUCAAGAGAUCCUGGAUGGCAAUACGCCAGUCUUCCCUCCUACCACUCCCUACCCGUACCGUCACUUGGCUGAGAAAUGCAUGAGCGAUGUAGCACGUGACCGGCCAUCCUUCCAGAAGAUUGUUCAAGAGAUCGAAGCUUUGCAAGUCUUGGAUGGCCAGAGUAUAAUGUAGUGUCAAGUUCUCAUCAUUUUAUGUUCUCUUUUGGUGCUAUUCGAGAUCGCUCACACCCCCAGCCUGUUUCACUGUUAUAACGUAUUGACGCUGGUAAACGCGUCCGUGCAGGUAUUUUGUACAAUAUUAAUAUUAAAUUUUGAAUAGAGCGCUUCCAACGAGAAUAGGUGAAUUCAUGUUUGUUUCCAAAUUCUUUUAAAAUGUUCUGCUACUCCAUCUUUCAACAGUUUCUUGAAUGUAGUGUGAGGGAUAAGUUGUUUCUUCUUUGUUUUGUUUAUUGUGUGAUGCGUAUUGCAGUGCCGUCAUGACCCUCGGAAUAGUAAUCUCUUGGGUGUUAUUCUGCCCAUUGAUCAACUGUGGUUUUAACGUUAGUUGCUGCCAAUUGUUUCCGAAUCAUCCCGUAGUUGCUGCCAAAUUGAUUCUAUCUCUAUUGUCUCGACAUUUUAACUGCAAAUUGUAGCAGCCUGGUCUCUCUGCUGGUAUGCUGGUACAAGUGUACAUUACACAGCUUUUCUUUGAUGCUAUCAGCUCUUCCACUGAACAUGCAGUCAUGUGAAGAUUGCAUUGAGCGUAUGAGGGUAUAUGAGCUAAACUGUAGCUGUGAUGAUAUCUGUUGUAGGAGUACAGUAGUCUGCACGGUGCACGCAUCCAGUAGGCACGUGCCCUCACUAUGCACGCACGCACACACCUUUUAUGUGCUUCUUUAUACACUGCUGUGGACGGAAAAUAAAGGGUUCUUCUUGAAAACACAACAAUAUCUACCCCAGUUGUGCAUUGCUUUGAAAUCAUGAAUGUUUCUGCUUGCAACUCUGCAGUAGACAUGAGCCAUCCAUCGUGUGCAAUGUUCAUUGUUCAUCGAAAAUGUAGAAUUUUUGUUGUUGAGCUGUUGAGUAUCGAUCAUGUACCAUCCUACAUCCACAUUGUUGUUGAACUUCUAACCAAAGCCGCAUGAUUGCCCGCAUCACAAGCAAACAACUACAAUGUUUGCCUUUAAAGAUUUACAUACGGACAUAAUUACAAAUCCGAGGCAAUCAUGUCUGAUGAUUGCCUUACGGCAUGAAACUCAGAGUUACAACCAACCUGAACGUCCUCCGCUGAGUCUGCUAUGUACUGACAUAAUUAUGUGUGUGUAUGAAGGUGCGGAGUGUGCACGCACAUGUGUUUAGCUUCCAAUGCAAAAUGCUGAGUGACAAUUUUCUUGGACACUUGACAACAUUGUCCUUCUGGAGGGCCAGAGCGCUGCUGAAAACUCUGUCAUGUUUUCACCAUGUCAGCAUGUUUCUCUACCAACCGGUUUUAUAUAAUAUGGUUGCAGUCAGAAACACUUUUUUCCGUACACAACAUAGUGACCUCCGCCUAGCUUGUAACAUGCUGUCAUCAUGAAAACAAGACAGUUCCAGUGUACGUCAAAGCAGUCCGGCACACGAAC